UAUAAUAUAUUUCGUUUGAUGUCUGUGUAUGCACAAAUGUCUGUGAGCUGUGCACACUGUGCCCCCUAAAAAAAUUGGUGCAUGACGCCCCUGCUUGAUGUUACUUUGUGAGGAACAGUAAUAUUGGUGCCAGCCUUAGCCUUUACAUCACUAAUUAUACCAGGUGGAUGGCAUACUUACUGUAUGACAUCAUCAGGUGAGUAUGUUCAAUACUUCAUGUCAAGCGUAGGCUGCUGUAAUAAUAUACUGCAGGGCAAGGCUACAUUGUGUUUGUGUGUGUGUCCCUGACAGAGGCUGUGUUGGCUUGUCCUCAUUCUCUGUGUAUCUGUUUGGUUCGGUGACAGAUUGUCUCUCCUCAUCUCUAAUUAGUCACCUAAGCUGAUCAGCUCUGACUCAUCCUGCACAUGAAAGCACAAAUAAGAUAUGUAACAUUUUGGUGACCCCUACAAGCGGUGAAGCUCUGGAGCAAUGAACACAAGCAGACAGAUCCGUCUGCUAUUAUGGAAGAACUGGACGCUCCGCAAGAGACAAAAGAUUCGCUUCCUGGUAGAGAUUUUGUGGCCUGUUUUUUUAUUCAUCGGACUGGUGUGGCUACGACGAGCCAACCCCCUGUAUCGCCAACAUGAAUGUCAUUUUCCCAGCAAGGCUAUGCCCUCCACAGGAAUCCUGCCUUGGAUCCAAGGGAUUUUCUGCAAUGCAAAUAACCCUUGUUUUCGCCACCAAACUCGAGGAGAGUCACCUGGGGUCGUUUCCAACUACCACAACUCUAUACUGGCCCGAUUCUAUGCAGACUCUCAGGAGCUCCUAUUCAAUGACACUGAGUUUCAACAGCUCGGUCGUCUAUGGCAAGAAGUCUCUAUCAUGAGCAACUUCAUGGAAACGCUGCGUACCAAUCCUGGACUGGUGGCAGGAAAAGGCCUAAAGGUUGAGUACAUCUUGAAAGAUGAUGAGAUUCUGACCUCAUUCUUGUUGAGGGAUGCUGGACUUUCAGUGGCUGUGGUGGAUGAUCUUACAAAUGCAGAAGUCCGGGUGGAGCAAUUUGCAUAUGGAGUCCCGGAUCUGUCCCUGAAGGAGAUCGCCUGUAGCCAGGCUCUCCUGGAGCGAUUCCUCAUCUUUCCCAGUCGCAGAGGACUGUAUGGGGUUCGCAACGCCAUGUGUGCCCUUUCCCAGCAGAAACUGCAGAACAUUGAGGAUGUGCUUUAUGCCAACAUAGACUUUUUUAAGCUCUUCCGGCUGUUGCCCAUGGUGCUGGAUAGUCACUCAGCUGGGAUAGACCUGCACUUCUGGGGUCGUGUUCUUUCAGCAGUGUCUGACAAACUUCAGGAGCUGGCAGAGAGGCAGAGCUUUAAAGACUUGAUGCGGGUGAUGUCCUCCAUCUUGCAGCCAGGUGGUCCCUCUUCAUUCAGUCAGCUGAUAUCCACUGUCUCAGAUCUGUUCUGUGGUUACCCUGAGGGUGAAGGCACCCGGGUCUUCUCCUUCAACUGGUAUGAAGAUAACAACUACAAAGCAUUCUUGGGCAUCAACAGCUCCAGAGGACACAACACCUACGUCUAUGACAACACUGCAACUCCGUUCUGUAAUGCACUGAUGCAGAACCUGGAGUCAAACCCUGUUACGAAAAUCGUUUGGAAUUCUGUGAAGCCUCUGCUGAUGGGAAAGAUCUUGUACACCCCAGACUCCCCUGCUGUCAGAAAGAUAUUAAAGAGUGCCAACACUACGUUUGAGGAGCUGGAAAGGUUGCUGAAGAUGGGGAAGGCUUGGGAAGAGGUUGGACCCCAGCUCUGGGAAUUCUUUCAGAACAGUGUUCAGAUGAACAUGAUCCGAGAUUCACUCAGAAACCCCACAGUGAUGGACUUCCUGGACAGGCGUCUUGAAGACACAGAAAUCACCACAAAAGACAUCCUCAACUUCCUUCAGAAUGGGCCAGAAGAGCACAGAUAUAUAAACACGUAUAACUUUGACUGGAGAAAUGUCUUCAGGCUCAUUGAUGAGACUAUUCGAAUGUUCAACCAGUACAGUGAGUGUAUAAGCCUGGAUAAGUUUGUGGGUCACAUGGAUGAGAACCUGAUGACCCAUCAAGCUCUUCACCUGCUGGAGGAGAAUAAGUUCUGGGCGGGCCUGGUCUUCACGGACAUGUACCCCUGGACCACAGACCUGCCACGACACAUCAAGUUCAAGAUACGAAUGGAUAUAGAUGCAGUGGAACGUACCAACAAAAUCAAAGACAGGUACUGGGACCCUGGCCCCAGGGCAGACCCCGUGGAGGACCUUCGCUAUAUCUGGGGAGGUUUUGCCUACCUGCAGGAUAUGAUUGAACAUGGUAUCCUCAAGUUACAGACAGGUCAUGACUGGCCUUUGGGUGUUUAUCUGCAGCAGAUGCCCUACCCCUGUUAUGUGGAUGACAUGUUUAUGCUCACCCUAAACCGCUGUUUCCCCAUCUUCAUGGUGCUGGCUUGGAUCUACUCUGUGUCCAUGGUGGUGAAGAGCAUUGUGCUGGAGAAGGAGACAAGGCUGAAGGAUACACUGAAGGCCAUGGGAGUCUCUAAUGGAGUCAUCUGGUACACCUGGUUUAUUGACAGUUUCCUUAUGAUGGCCUCCAGCACUGUUCUACUGACUGGAAUUAUAAUGGCUGGAAAGGUGCUCAAUUACAGCAAUCCCAUCAUCCUCUUCUUUUUCCUCCUGACGUUCACUGUGGCUACUAUCAUGCAGUGCUUCCUCAUGAGCGUCUUCUUUAACAAAGCCAACCUGGCUGCGGCCUGCAGUGGCAUCAUUUACUUCACUCUCUACCUCCCUCACAUUUUCUGUUUCGCCUGGCAGGACCGCAUUACCAAAGACAUGAAGCUAGCCGUGAGCUUGCUGUCACCAGUGGCCUUUGGGUUUGGCACAGAGUAUCUAUCCCGCUAUGAGGAGCAAGGCCUGGGUCUGCAGUGGGACAAUAUCCGCACGAGCCCACUCGAGGGCGAUGAGUACUCCUUUUUUACUUCUAUACGCAUGAUGCUAUUAGAUGCAGUUCUCUACGCUGUUCUGGCUUGGUAUCUCGACAACGUCUUUCCAGGCCAGUAUGGCAUCGGUCGGCCAUUUUACUUCCCUCUUCAACCCUCAUACUGGCUAAAGUUGACACCCCCACCCUCAGAGAACCCUGGUCCAGGGCCUGAGGAACCUCUGGUUGAAAACAUGGAAAAGCAGGAGCAGGAGGAGUACGGUGGCAGUUCGCCGGAGCCGAGGGAAUGCAACGGCUCUCGAAGCAGCAAACAAUGUAAGCACAAGGAGAAAAGGGAAAGGCUAGAGAAGGAGCGUGAGGAGCAGCUGAAGAUGCAGGAGGAAGAUCAGAUUGAGCAUAAGGAGAUGCAGCAUGUGCAUAAUGGGAAUCCAUUCUUUGAGUCAGAGCUAGAAGGGCUGGUAACAGGAGUAUCAGUGCAGGAUUUGGUGAAAGUGUAUUCCAGUUCCUCAAGACCUGCAGUCGACUGUCUCAAUAUGAAAUUCUAUGAGGACCAGAUCACUUCCUUCCUGGGCCAUAAUGGGGCAGGGAAGACCACCACUUUGUCCAUAUUGACUGGAUUGUUCCCGCCCACCUCUGGAACUGCUUACAUAUAUGGCAGAGACAUUCGUACAGAAAUGGACACCAUAAGACAAUCAUUGGGCAUGUGUCCACAAUACAACAUCCUCUUCAACCAUCUGACAGUAGAGGAGCAUAUUCUUUUCUACUCUAUGCUGAAGGGUCGAAACCUCAGGGAAGCAGAGCAGGAGGUCGAGAACAUGCUUGCGGACCUGGGAUUGCCUCAUAAAAGAGAUGAGGAGGCUCAGAACCUUUCUGGGGGUAUGCAGAGGAAGCUGUCAGUGGCUAUGGCAUUUGUGGGCGGUUCUAAAGUGGUCAUCCUGGAUGAACCAACUUCAGGAGUUGACCCCUACUCUAGACGCUCCAUCUGGGACCUGCUGCUCAAGUACCGUGCAGGACGCACAGUAAUACUGUCUACACAUCACAUGGAUGAGGCAGACCUGCUGAGUGACAGAGUUGCUAUCAUUUCCAAAGGUAAACUGCACUGCAGUGGCUCUCCUCUCUUCCUGAAGAACUGUUUUGGAGUUGGUUUUUACCUCACACUGGUACGUCGCAUGAAAGACCAGCGCAAGAAAGAGAAUGAGUGUGACUGUGCAUCUGAAUGUUCCUGCGCAUGCUCCACAUGCACCAAAUAUAAAGAGGAGAGUCAGACAGUUCAGCCUGAGAGAAUUCUGGAUGGGAACGUGGAGAGCAUCACUACUCUGAUUCAUCACCAUGUACCCGAGGCAAAGCUAAUUGAAAUGAUUGGCCAAGAGAUGACCUACCUGCUGCCAAAUAAAGGUUUUAAGCAUCGUGCUUACGCCAGUCUCUUCAGAGAACUGGAGGAAACAUUGGGUGACAUGGGCCUCAGCAGCUUUGGAAUAUCUGACACCUCACUCGAGGAGAUUUUUUUGAAGGUUACAGCAGAUGGAGAGGCAGCCAACAACUCUGUCACACCAGAGCAAUGGAUGCUACAACAGAGGAAAAAUGGCAAUGGUUUCUUGAGACACAAUGUGGCCCCUAGUAAUACUGGUGGCCCAGAAGAUGCCAAUGGUGUGGGAAACCCUGCAGAAGGUGACAACAGUGCGGGAAGAGCAUCCAGGCAGAUUAAAGGAUUUAGCCUGACACUUAAGCAGUUCUAUGCAUUACUAGUAAAGAGAUUUCACCAUGCUACUCGUAGCCAUAAAGAUUUCCUUGCUCAGAUUGUUUUGCCAUCUAGCUUUGUACUUAUUGCUUUAAUCUUCACCAUGAUUGUUCCACCAUUUGGAGAGUAUCCCAGCCUGACCCUCUCUCCAUGGAUGUACGGAGCACAGUUCACUUUCAUAAGUAAUGAGCAGCCAUCUCAUCCUAAGAUGAAAUACUUCAUACAGACAUUGCUGAAAGAACCUGGCAUGGGAACUCGCUGUAUGUUGAAUCAGCCUUUGGAGGACCUCUUUACCUGCUUAAACACAUCCUCUGAUUGGGAAGAUCCUCCUGUAUCUCCUGAGGUCAGCAACAUCUUAUUGAGCCCAGAGUGGCACUCCAGAAACCCCUCCCCUUCCUGUGAGUGCAGCACCGAUGCCAAGCUCACCAUGUUACCAGUGUGUCCAGCUGGAGCUGGAGGACUGCCACCACGUCAGAGAAAAGAGCCGACGGGAGACAUUUUGCUUGACUUUACAAAUAGAAAUAUUACAGACUACUUGGUGAAGACUUACCCAGGUCUCAUCAAGAGCAGUUUGAAGAGCAAAUAUUGGGUAAAUGAACAAAGGUACGGUGGACUCUCUGUUGGUGGACAACUGCCAAUUCUUGAUGUGGAUCCUGAGGAGAUCCAGAACGCUUUGUCUCAGCUUGGACGUAUGAUGAAUAUUUCAGGGGGUCGCUAUUCAAAAUUAGCCAUGCAAGAAAUAGGAACUUUUCUGCGCUACAUGGAGAGUGAGUACAAUGUUAAGGUGUGGUAUAACAACAAAGGUUGGCACGCCAUGGUCUCGUUCCUGAACGUAGCUAACAAUGCUAUUCUCCGAGCUUUUCUGCCACCUCACGUCAAUCCAUCAGAGUAUGGCAUUACUGUCAUCAACCACCCGCUAAACCUCACUAAAGAGCAGCUCUCAGAGGUCACUGUUCUGACCACAUCAGUGGAUGCAGUGGUUGCCAUCUGCGUCAUCUUUGCCAUGUCUUUCAUUCCAGCAAGCUUUGUCCUCUACCUCAUUCAGGAACGUGCCACCAAGGCCAAACAUCUGCAGUUUGUUAGUGGAGUCAGUCCUCUGGUCUACUGGGUUGCCAACUUUUUCUGGGACAUGAUAAACUACUCUGCCAGCACAGCGAUGGUUGUGGGUAUUUUUGUGGGUUUUGAUAAGAAAUGCUACACAUCACCCACCAAUCUCCCAGCGCUGAUCACACUGCUGCUUCUCUAUGGGUGGUCAGUGACGCCCAUGAUGUACCCAAUGUCUUACAUCUUCAGAAUUCCCAGCACGGCAUACGUGUCUCUCUCCUGCAUUAAUCUGUUCAUUGGUAUCAACAGCAGUGCCAUCACUUUCAUCUUAGAGCUUUUUGAGAACAAUAGGUCUUUGCUGAUGUUUAAUGCGGUGCUGAAGAAAGUGUUGCUGAUCUUUCCUCACUUCUGUCUCGGUCGAGGACUCAUUGAUAUGGCUAUGAAUCAGGCUGUGACUGAUGUCUAUGCUAGGUUUGGGGAGGAGUUUGCAGUGGAUCCAUUCAAAUGGGACUUUUUAGGGAAAAACUGUGUCUGUAUGGCCGUGGAGGGUUUUGUGUACUUCAUCCUUAAUCUGCUCAUCCAGUAUAAAUUUUUCCUUGAUUACUGGGUGUCUGACAGUGUGAGAGGUCCUGUUAAAGAUGAAGAUGCUGAUGUAGCUCAGGAAAGAGAGCGGAUUAACAAAGGGGGAAACAAGAAUGACAUUCUUCUGAUCCGAGACUUGUCAAAAACGUACAGGGGCAGAAAAAGGCCGGCUGUGAGCAGAAUCUCUGUGGGAGUUCCUGCAGGAGAGUGCUUUGGGCUGCUUGGUGUGAAUGGUGCAGGUAAAACCACAACCUUUAAAAUGCUGACAGGAGACUCGGAUGUGACUUCAGGGGAAGCAUCAGUAGCUGGAUACAGUAUUCUUACCAACAUCCUGGAUGUGCAUCAGAACAUGGGCUACUGCCCUCAGUUUGAUGCCUUAGAUGAGCUGCUGACGGGGAGGGAGCACCUGUAUCUGUAUGCUCGCCUCCGCGGGAUCCCUGAGUCUGAGAUCGGCAGAGUGGCGGAGUGGGCCAUUCAGAAGCUGGGUCUAUCUGAAUAUGCAGGCAGAUGUGCUGGUACCUACAGUGGUGGCAACAGGAGGAAGCUGUCUACUGCGAUUGCCAUGAUUGGCUGUCCUCCUCUUGUGCUACUGGAUGAGCCAACUACAGGAAUGGACCCUCACUCUCGCCGGUUCCUGUGGACCGCCAUUCUGAGUAUCAUCCGUGAUGGAAGGGCAGUCGUGUUGACAUCUCACAGCAUGGAAGAGUGUGAGGCCCUUUGCACCCGUUUGGCCAUUAUGGUCAAUGGCACAUUUAAAUGUCUGGGAACAAUCCAGCACCUGAAAUACAAGUUUGGGGGUGGUUAUGUGGUCACGAUGAAAAUUAAAGCUUCAAAAGCAGGCCUGUCUCCAGACCUGCUCCCCGCUGAGUCUUUCAUGGAAAGCAGCUUUCCAGGAUGUAUACAGCGGGAGAAACACUACAACACGUUACAAUAUGAGAUCGCUGCUGCUUCGCUGGCACGAAUCUUCCAGCUAGUGUUGGCCAAUAAAGAGAGGCUGAAUAUUGAAGACUAUUCUGUGUCACAGACAACACUAGACCAGGUGUUUGUGAAUUUUGCCAAGCAGCAGUCAGGAGAGGACGACAGUUCCCCCUCUCAGCCCAGAUCAUCAGGGUUAAAGCGUGAUAAAAAGAUCUCACCGCUACGUAGAGUUGUGACCAAAAGCAGAUAAAACAAGCUCAGAUGCUUAAUGAAAGACUGAUAAAAUAUUAUGCUGUUUUGUUUAUAAAGCUCCUUAAAGCCUUGUAUAUACGAAUUUAUACAUAGACUGCAUUUCAUUCGGUUCAAGAAUAACACAGAUAUUUUAAUAAUAUUUGACAUUUUUAUACCCGUGUCCAAAGCAGCCCUUUAACAUAUUGUAUGAAAUAAUACUCCACAGAACAGAACCAAAGACAAUUCUCUACCUAUUUUUUAUUCUUUGCUAAAAAUAAGCUGCCAUUAACAGGGUAGAUUAAACAAUAGUUACAUUGAUAUUGAUCGUUAAAAUGUUUUUUUUGCACUUGAUAUCUUUUGGGACACAAAAGCAUGCUUGCUUUGAGAUUUUUGUAAACUAAUUUUUUUUAUUUCAGUAAAUACAAUAUCAGUGUUACAUAUCAGUUUUUCUUUGAUGUACAUUUUUUUAUUGUACAAAUAGUAUCAAAGUCUCUCUGCGUGCCUGAGUAUUUCAAAUUCUAAGCCCACUCGCUGAAACUCUUAUUAGGUUCUAAAACAUAACACACUCUAAAAAUGCUGGGUUAUUUUCCCAGCAUAAAAUUUUGGGUUGUAAUUCAACCUAUGCUGGUGUUUUAAUCCACAGUUGGGUCAGAUAUAAUUUUUUUGGAUUAAUUUAACCCACCGGCUGGGUUUGUCCCUUUUUGAUCCAAAGUUGGCUUGAAAAUAACCCAGCAUUUUUAGUACAUGAUGGACAUGCCUUCAAUUCUAAAGUCACCUCAAUAGACUAAAUGCAUGCUGUCAUAAAACAAAUGAAAUUUAAAUAAAUAGAAACAUAUUGUCGUAAUUAAAAAGAAAUUGAAAUUAUUUAACUGUGUUUUGAAAACAUUGAAUUUUUUUUUAUUUGACAUUUGCUUUCCUAAGAGAAGAAGAUAAAUGUAAAAAUCAGAUUUUCUACAACACAAGCACGCAGAUGUUUUUUUUAUGUAUGGUAAUGGAAUACAAAAAUAAAUAGGCAUUAAUAAACAAUAAUGCAUUGUACCAUUG